AUGAAGAUCCUGAUUUCGAUCGUCUGCGUAGCCCUGACGCUUUCCUGUGUAACCUGCACGUAUCCGGGUUAUGGAGGCGGAAUGCGUUAUGGCGGUAUCCAGGGAGGCUAUAUUUCUGGACCCCGGGGUGCCAUUGGAGGUUACCGCUAUGGAAUGGGCGGGGGCUACGGUUACCCAACUCCUUACGGUGGUGGAAUGUAUGGCGGGAGGAUAGGUGGAUAUCCUUACGGAGGAGGAAUUGGAGGCGGAUAUCCUGGAUAUGGCGGCGGAAUGUACGGGGGCGGACUAUACGGAGGCGGGAUGUACGGGGGCGGAAUGUACGGGGGCGGAUAUCCAUAUGGCGGAGGAAUGUACGGGGGCGGAAUGUAUGGUGGCGGAAUAGGUGGAUACCCGUCUUACGGGGGUGGAAUGUAUGGGCGUGGCAUGGGGUACAAGAAAAACUACUACUGA